GUUCCCUUCAAUUCGGUAAACGUCUUGUGCUUGCGUGCUUGCUUAUCCAGCCCUAUAUGACUUUUCACUCCUUCAGACCCAAGCGUUUGAUAUACUAGAUCUAUUCAAUGAGCGAGACUCUAUUCUUGCUGUUGUCUUCUUGGUUUGCAAGCAGUCUCGUGUGCUGUAAGUGAACAGCACAGAUUGGCAAGCAUGAACACUUGGAGAGUUCUCCAAACUCCAAACAGGAUGUUGUACAGGAGUCAUCGUGUGUGUUUCCAUGGGGAAGUCCUCAACAACAUCCUAUUAAUAUUCCUGGUUUCCUUUCUUUCCUCUAAUCGUUGUGCUUGAUAUUGCUCUUUUUGGUACUUUCAUUCGUGGAAAUUCAUGAAGAGCUAGCUCUAGGGAUGUCAGACUGGAAUAUGAAAGUCGUUUGGCCCAAAGAUGGGCCCAUGGGUCGCCGGAAGCGAGGUUUCUUCAGAGGACUCAAUGACAUACGGAAAGGGAAAGGACCCGAUAUGUUUGUGCAGCAAGGGAGAGCGAACACCCAACCCAUCUCUCCUGAUCGAUGGACAAAUUGGGACUCGUAUCAUGAUGUGGGAAGCCAUUUCAACGAGGCACAACAACACAAUGGCUUUCGCAGUACUUCUCGUGGGCUGAAACGAUACGACCCAGUCACAAGGAAAUACAGAACCUGGGAGAUGCCUAUGGACUGGUUCCAGGUGGGCGUACAUGGUCUCGGAAUUGGGAUAAAUGGUGAUGGCUUUCCAAGAUUCACUGAGAGUGAAAGAAUCAACAUCAACAAUCGACGGAAUCGCGGGCUACCCCGCGUCGAUCCAAAUCACAGAAAUAUGGGAGGAGAUUGGGAUGAUUUCGGCCCAAAGCGGUUUCGGGGGGAGCAUGACCACUUCUGGGAAAAUGCUCAUCGAAUUGGUGAGAUUACGAGACUGGCCAUGGGCGGGCCAUUGCCGCCACUGUUACAGCAGAUCUUGGGUCGCCCGAUGCAGAUGCACCAAAAUUAUCAUUAUGAGCCGGAUUUGUGGGCGCUGUGAACGAUCGGUUUGGGUUGAGUGGCUGUCUUGAGGAGAGGCCGGGGAAAGGCAUGCUUUUGUCGUUCUUGCACUUCUAAUUCUGGCAAAUCAAGCCUUGG